AAUCCAUUUUUAAUCUGUAUUAAAUUUCCUUAAACUUUCUUGCAGGACUUGUAUCACGAACAGUGCGAUUCGGUGUGCAUUCUGUUCGCCAGCAUUCCCAACUUCUCCGAGUUCUAUGUGGAACUGGAGGGCAACAACGAGGGCGUUGAGUGCCUUCGUCUGCUGAAUGAGAUUAUCGCCGACUUCGACGAGCUGCUCAGCGAGGAGCGCUUCCGCUGCAUUGAGAAAAUCAAGAGUACGGGAGCCACCUACAUGGCGGCAUCCGGCCUCACGGCGAACACCUGCGACCGGGUGAACUUCAGCCACGUGACUGCCAUGGCAGACUACGCCCUACAACUGUUCGACAAGAUCGAGGAGGUCAACAUGCACUCCUUUAACAACUUUCGGAUGCGAAUAGGCAUCAAUAUUGGCCCUGUGGUGGCCGGCGUCAUUGGAGCCUGUAAGCCGCAGUAUGACAUCUGGGGCAAUGCCGUUAAUGUGGCCUCGCGAAUGGACUCCACGGGUCUGGUGGAUCACAUCCAGGUGACACAGGAGACGCAGCAGAUCCUGGAGGGACGUGGCUUUGAGCUCACCUGCCGCGGCAGUGUGGACGUGAAAGGCAAGGGCUCCAUGAUCACCUACUUCCUCAAGGGCAAGAAGCCCAUUGAAGUCAAGGAAGAGCUUGCCAAGGCCGAGGUUGAGCCACCCAAGACACUGACGUUGAGCAAGGAGCCGGAGAAGCCAGCCAGUGAUACGGAGAAGCCACAGGAUUCGGUUAAGGAAGAUCCUUCGGAGCAGGAAGACGAUCUGCUGCCCUCACCGGAUAUCGAUCUCAAUUCAAAUAUGCAGAACCUGACGGCGCAGCGGAGAAAAUCUCUCUGCCGGCAGCACAACAUCUCCUCCUCCUUUGGCACUACGGUGAGCAGUUCCACGGGCAUCACGCCCAGCAUUUCCAAUAGCUCCAGUGUGGUCACCAUUGGAGCUCUGCCAGCCAUCCUGCGCGGCGGUAAUCCUGCCUCGAAUCCCACGGCCACUGAUAAUUGUUCGGAGUGUGGGGGCGCCAGUAAAUCCCUGGCGACGCCCACGGCUCCGCCAAGGACUCUGGUGGCGGAACUCAAGGAUGAGAUAGCCAGAGAUGAGAAAAUUGGCCUCAAGGAUUCCAUUGAGAACCUAGAGAUCCUGCUCAAGAACAACAUCAGCCUGUCGGAUCUGAGCAACAAACAGCAACAGAAUCUCCGUGGUGAAAGCGUGUCCACCACCACGACUCUUCGGAAAAGGGAUACAAUAGUCAGCUUCAAUGUGACAGAGACGGUAACAACCACAGCCACUCCGUUCUCCUCCUCAUCAGGAUCCUCCACCUGCUCCUCGCAGCAAAAGAAGCGGCGAUCGGUGACCACCAUUGCAGCCAGCUGCACCACUUCCACCACGAUGCGCCUCCUGUCCAACGAGAGCCAAAGUUCCACGCAAACGGCGCCGGGAACGCUGGAGAGCUCGGUGCCCGGUCAAUCCUCCACGGAGACCUCCUCCCAGGACUGGCAGCCCCGAACGGCCACGCUGGAACCCAACCGGAGUCCUAUCAAGACCUCGCAGUCCAUGAGCCCCAUUGGACAGUUGACCACCGAGGUGUUUGUCCUUCCAAACAGCAGGAGCAUGGUGCUCAUCAGCAGCAGCAGCAGCAGCACGAAUGUUGGCGGUGGAUCGACGCUGGGUCUGGGCACGGGUGGGGGGGCCAGUAGCCCGAGGACCGGACUUCUUCAAGAUGUUAGCACGUAAAGGAUGCGCAGGCAACCGUGUAAAUAUGUACAAAUCUGGAGGGCUUAGAUGGUAUUGUAGAAGUAGGAAAGGUAGUAGUAAAAGGUAGAGAUAGUGGUUAUUGGUUUUUGGAUAGGGUUAGGUUGAAUGUUAGCUUGUAGAUUGAUUGGGCUUGCCAGUAUUCGGUACAGAUGAACUUCUAUAAGUUGGAAUUAAAUAAUAUUAAACGAAUUUCAAGGUUAUUAUACACUUUUUCUUGAUAAAGUAGAAUAAAUAUAUUAGAAUCUUCAGUUACAAAGGCUUUUAAAGGUUUGACAACAUUUCUUUUCCAAAUAAAUAUUUAUUUUAAAUAAAUAAUUUCCCAUGUUAUAUUAUAACAUUGUUUUUAACUUUCCCAACUUAUAGAAGUUCGUUUCGUAGCCGCAACUCUUCCCUUCCCCCCAUUGUAUGAUCUCGCAUUUAUUGUAGCUUUACGUGUUGUUCCUCAGUUAGUGUUUCAGGGCACCAAAAUAAACAAAAACGUUUCCAUAUCACUCAGAAAAGUAAAGUACGAAAGCAAAGUAUUGCACUUCAACGGGGUACCAAAGAGCAUUGAUUAUUAAGAGCUAGAACUGUUAGCCAUUCGAUAGGUUGUAAGUGAAAGGAGGGUGGAUGAAAGUCCUCUUUUGGCAAUGAGUGUAGGUGUGUAAGGUUCCUAUGUGCGUAAGUAGGUAAGAUGGCAGCCAAUGCAGCAGAAAAUUAAAAUUAAAUUAAAAAGGAAUAAGUGUGUGUGGAAAGAAAUCGAAUUUAAUUGUUUUUGCUAAAACGAAUAAGAAAGUAUUAAAUCUGUGAAGGGGAAUGCAACAGUCUUUACUAUACUUAAACUCCUUAAAAUUUUAUUUUACUUCAAUAUAAAAAGUAACCAACCAACUAAGAAAAUCUCUAAAAUAUACAUUGCAUUCCCCUUGAAACACUUCUAAGCCCAGCUCUUGGACAGCACCCAUUAACAACUCAUUGGAAAUAUCUAUUCCCUGCAUUACCAUAUCCUUAAAUUAAAUUUUUCCGGCUGUCCUUGGCUGGUGUUCUCAUUACCAAAACCAGAGAUCUGUCAAUUGAACACAAAGAGCAACAUAAAAUCUAUAUCCAACUGUUGCACAAAUGAUAUUUUCUAAGGCCUAAGGUAAUAUUAAAUGAGUAUCAAAUACAAAAUACGUUAAAUGUUAAAACGGCAUCGUUUAUGUGUAACGUUAAAUGUGUUUCAAUGUCUGUAUGUCUCAAUGUUGCUGAAAGCAUCAUAACUAUAUAUAUAUAAAUAGAAUUAUAAUAUUUAAAUUGAUGCAGAAUAUAUAUAUAAAUUAUGCGAAAAACCAAAGAAAAACAAACAAAAUUCUCGCUGUGAUUUCUAUGAAGAAAAUGUAAGGAUGCAUAAAUUAUUUUAUAACCUUUUGUUACUUAGUUUUAACUCGCAAAUUUAACGAAAGCCUCUCGGCCGCCACCUUUUGACUAUGCCUACAGCUACGAACUAUGAUUUAACUGAUUGCGCAGUACAUCCUAUAUAUAUAUAUAUUUAUAGUUUAUAUAUAAGUGAAUCUAUAUAUCCGAAUCGAUGUUGACUAGCUUUGAUGUUCAGUUUGAAAGUGAAGAUAAGGCCCAACCAAGUAUAAGAAACCCCCCGUCAAUGUAAGUGUUUCAUUGUCAACCGAAAGAAAUAU